AUGCCCAUGACCAAGAUACUACUGGUAAAACUUGCCCAUGCCGGGAGCUUUUCUGAGAGUGUGGACCAAGGGCAGGAACGCGUAUUCCUACGUUGUCUCGUCAUGGCAAGGUGCAGGCCUCAUGCCGGGUUUGAGUCUGAGGACAGGGAACCAGGCAGGACCACCUUGGAAAGCACACUGCCAGCGGCUCAGCCCACACCUGGUGCCUCGAGCCCCCCAGACCUUGGCGCUGCUCUUCGCUUCCCAAACAUCAAACGUCUGGUCAUGAGCACAGCCAAGCAGGGGAGUAUCAGGGGGGAGCGCAUCUUCCGCAGGAGCCUGGCAAUUGUGCGUGGGCUGGCCAGGAAAGCGUGUGGAUCAGCGGGCUACAGCUGGACAGAGGCCGCCCAGGAUGGGGCCUCACAGGUGGCGAAGCGGGGCUUAGAGGGGCUCCUUGGCGCUGCAGAACCGUUUCUGCACGAGGGUUUCAACCGAGUGGUUGCGGAAACAGCUGAAGCGUACCUGGAGGGGCUGAAGCAGCAGAGCAGUGUGCGGGGUCGGCUGCAGGGCCGCAAGCGGAGAACCUCAGGAGCGAAGCGGGGUGUGGAGUGCCGCCACAGCAAGCAACCAAGGGCGGGGUUAGAAACACGACCAGACAGCCACAGUCUCAGCUGCCAGGCGUGCGGCGCCAGCGCAGAGAGGGGCCUCCGAGGUGGCAAGGAGGGCGGGAGCAUCAAGUACUCCUGCCGGGCCCAUGCAACCUCCAGAGGGUGCUUUCGAGUGGACCCAGAUCGCGCUGUUUGGGCAGCAGACCAGGAGCUGCGCCGCCUGAGAGCCAAGGCUAGGAGACUCGAGCAGGAGCUGCGAGAUCUCGGAGGGGCCGCGGAAGAUGCAUCCAGCGCGCCACCCUUUGCAGCAUGGCAGGAGUCUGAAAAGACGAUGGACUGGGUGUCCAUGCCCAAGAGCCGUUCGCUGAUAGCAACACUUCUCUUGAGGGGUGGGGUGGAAAGCAACCCUGGGCCCACUCCGCAGGAGGAAAAAGAGCUGGCUUUGAAGAAGAGCUGGCAGGAGGUGGACUCUGAGAUUGACUCGAACCUGCUGGACCACCUGGCAAAGCAGCAGCUCACCUUGGAACGCUGGAGAGGGAUGACCGAUGGCGGUCGCUCUAAGCUUCUUGACCGACUUGAAAGCGAGUAUCCAGGGCCAGGGAACUGGUUGUUGGGCUGGAAUGCGAUCUUCGAUAAAGCUGCAGUGGCCGUGUCCUCCCCAAUCACUCGUCAGGGUGCGGUGACCCCGCCUCUGGACAAACACAUUGCUGAUCUUCAACAAGAGUUCAGCCUACAAGCAAUUGACUUCGAGAAGCUGCAGAGCGUCGCAGACAAGAGGGCGCAAGCGAAGAUCACUCCUACUACUGGGGAUGUCAUCAACAACGUUGGCAGCUUCUUCCCCUGGGAGGAGAGAGACGAUGUGGCACAGGAGGUUUAUGAAUCCCAGUUCCAGAAGUGGCAGAAAGCGCAAGAGUCCCAGAAGGAGUACCAGCAGGAAGAGACAGGUAACCGCGACUAUACCUACGAGGUGUUCAUGGGGCAGAGGGGUGUAGGGAAAACGGCCUUCGCGCGGAUGCUGCCAUACCUGCUUGUCAAGAUCGCGGAGGAGCGCGCAGCAAGAGAAGGCGCAGAUAACAUGGAGAGGAUCUUUGCGAAGUCCAUCAUAGCCUCCUACAAGGGUCAGAAGAAGUUCAAUUUCCACCUGGACUUCUCACAGCCUGCGAACCGGCCGAACGAGACGCUCAAGGAUACAUUGGGCGAGGCUGCCCUUCUUGCUGUGCUCCUCUUGAGGGGGGCGCUGAUGGCUUGGUAUCGAAAUGUCCCCGAUCUCGCCACUCUGUGCAACUGGGUAUCCAAGAGACCGGGACUGGCGGAAAGGGUGACGGUCCAAGGUGUGCUAGGAUGGUGCGCCAAGCACUUUCCCAACGAGGACGCGGCUUCCCUCCAUUGCUUGAUAGUGAUGGACGAGGUCCACGCUCUUGACGACAGCGAAAGGGCCGUCUUCAAGGGCCUCAACUCUCUGUUUACUACUAUCAAGGGAACGGCCACAGGCAUUCCCUUUGCCUGCUGGUGUCUCUGCACGACCACGUUCGAUCCAGACCUCGAGCCUGUGCCCUUGGUCAGAAAGAAGCGAAAGAGGAGCGACCCAUCUGUCCACUCUCCGGAGAAGAAACGAUCGAAGGGCGCCCAAAGUGGCUCGAUGGACUCAAGAAGCUACGAGCUUGUCCCGGCCGGUAACAACUUGAUCUACCAUUCGGCCACCCUGAGCGGCGUCCACCUUGGGACUAUCCACACCAUCCGACCGUUCACGCCAGAAGCCACCCAGCGGAUCGUUGUCCAAAGCUUUCGCAGAAUGGGAGUCUUGGCUGAGGACGGUGCUCUGCCUCCCUUCCUGGAGAUCUUCUUCGCUGGGUCGGGGCUGGGUCGGGACGUUGCCGCAGGGAUGGCCGCCCUGGCCAUGUCAAAAGAGAACGAGAAGGUCGGGACGGCGCAGUCCUCACUGCACACUCUGCACGUCGAGAUGCUAAAGGCUUUUGUGAAUGAGCAGCUAACGGCCCCGAGCUUGCAGGCUGCAGAGGACUACUGGACACUGCUCAUAGUUCACCGCAACGGGACUUUGACAGCACAGUGGCUGGACGAGCUGGAGGAGAAGGACCGCUUAGAGUACGUGCAGGCCAUCAUAACGAAGAAGCUAGCCGGCCGCACCGUUGGUUUCAACGACUACGUUAUUAAGGGCACCAACUUUUCGUAUGGCUGGUUCUUCAUGAUGGGGCUCUACUCACUUCUUGCAACGGGCCCCCCUGUCGACCUCGCAAAGGCCCGCUUGAAGCUGGAGGUGCCUCCCAAGCACCUCGAGAUCUUUGCGGCGUACCGCAAAGAUAGCCACAGUAUGCUGAGUCUCCAACACCUCUACAGGGAGACGUUCCGUUGCCGAGAGAACCCUGACGACAAAGAGUGGGGCGACUUGAACGCCAUCAAGUCGAAGUCUUCUGGCCUCUACCAUUCGGGGUACAAAGUUGUUUGUGCAGGUGAAGUACUUGGAAGCGAGAGACGGGACGGGGUAUUCAACACGAGGAUCAGAGUACCCAAAGACGGCUACUGGCACAAUAAGCAUCUCGGGAGGGAGUUGACCGACGAGGAGUACCAGGGGAUGCUAAAAGGCGACCUUCCCCAUGGUUGGCAUCUUAUGGCGAAGCGUAUGGCGCACAGCACCGACUGGCUCGCGGUCUUUGAGCUGGAUGACGAGCCGGGGCAAUACUUUGGCUUCCAAGGCCAAACCAAGGAACACAUCCUGAAGCAAAGGGAGAAGAAGACAGGAGCCGAGUUGUUGGAGUUGGUCACGAAGCGGCCCGUGGAGAAGGGCGUGGUAAAACUGUCAGAGUGGGACAAGAGAUGGAAGGGGCCAGAAGACAGAUUUGUCUUCGUCUUCUCCACGGACCAUGAGCACGACGGGACGUCCGAGAUGCCCAACCACGCCAACAUUUUCAUUGUCGAUGCCUCACGUCACAAGCAGUUCUAUGGCGAUGGCCCCAGCCGAAGGAGGAACCUCGUACAUACAAUAAUGGAGGCGGAGUAUGUCCUGUCAGAGCGCGCCAAGAGGGAGGAGGAGCGGAAGCGCUCGAAAGCAGAGGAGGAGCAAGGCGAGAAGGCAAAGAAAGUUGCGCGGAAGGAUGAGGAAGGAGAAGAUGGCAAGAAAAGGAAAAUGGCGUUGGCGCCAAAAAGAAAGCAGGAGAGCGCAGCAGAGGGAGAGGAUAGCACAAGGAAGCGAGGUAAAGCGGCACAAGAUCAAGUAAGGACAAAGACAGCGGCAGACGUGUUGCCUCCUCGAAGAACCAGCAGGAGGCUCGCUAAUGGAAAGACCGAAGAGGAGGGUGGGGCUGGACUGGUCGAAGAGGAGGGGGAUGUGAAUGUUACAAGUUGGGAUAUGGAGCUGGGUCAACAAAAUGAAGACUGGCUUCAAAGAAAGAAGCCGAAUGUGGCGACCGCGGGCAGGGAAACGGACCCAGCCAAGGAGGUGAGCCAGGGAGAAAGCCACGGAGAUAGUCAAGGAGAUGGGCAAGGAGAUGGUCAAGGAGAGAAGGAGAGCGAGAGACCAAGGAGACCGCUAAGGAGACGAGCCAAAGAGACAAGUGGGCGCCAGACGUCCAGCGAGGGAGGGUACCAAACCAUACCCGAUGCAAACGCAGGGGGUAAGGCUGGAAUGAAAACGACAGAGGGUGAGACUACAGGCAGGGAGAUGGAAGGGCGCCAAACGUCUCGCCAGCGGGGGUCAGAAAAGAAACACUCAGCGAAAGCGAAGGGUGAGGUCGGAUACAAGAGGAAGGCAGAAUUUGAUACCACAAGCGGGGCAAGAGAGCCAGUCUUCCCUCUUCAUCUGGAAAGUAUUGUAGAGGACGACAUAGGGGAGAUGGAGCCUGUCUCGGGAUUUCAUUAGAUUUCGCAAGGCUGCCGUUUCUUGUCAAGCAAUUACACGGGGAGGGCUUGUGAAGCUGGAGAUGAGGCAGAUGACAUUUGGGGGCUCGCGCACGCACAUUGCAGUAUGGCUCAUCUACCUGCAUUGGCUUGUCUUCCAGCAGCGGGAGUCUUGGAGAUUUCUCCGACUCUCAUCUCGCACCUUCCUUAAUGACAUGACGUCAAAACGAAAACCAACGGGCUUUAAAUGCAGCUGACUUUGCUCAUUGAUUAGUUUGCCACAACUGUGGCCUACAAUCGAGUGCUCCGCCAAGAGAUUGCCAGAUGCUAGAAUAGAGACCAUUACAAGCUCAUGCUCUAUGCAUUAUGCAUUAUGCUCGACUUCUCAGUG